AUGGCAUUGACAAGAUGGGAAAUGAAUGAUGUUUUCCUUGCAUUAACAAUUAUUUGCUUAAUUGGAGCUAUUAUUACUUUAACAAUUAUAUUUAUUAUAGUUAAAUGUCAAUAUAUUAGGCAUUACAGAAGAAGACAUUCUUCAACAUUAUUAAAAGGUGCGGGAAUUAAAAGUACUAAAAGUUGGAAAUGGAGAAAAGAAGGCCCAAAAAACAAUUCUUCUGUCGCAUUUAAUCCAAAAACAAAAGCAAUAACAAUCGAAUCUGAUGGACAAAUAGAAUGGAUUGAUGAUAAUAAUUCUGAGCUUGUUUCUCCAACAAUUAAAGUCAAAACACUUUUACAUACAACAAAUUCACAAUUAAAUAGCUUAAUAAUUAAUCCUCCCCCUUCAAAUAUUAAUGAAAAAAUAAAAUAAUUGAAUAAAAAAUGUUUUUUGUCUAUAAUUAAAGGCCAAUAUGUACAUAUGUA